GUGUGAGGGCGCCGCUGGGUGAGUCCCUCUCUCCGCUGCUCCGGUCUCCACUGCUCCCUUUCGCUGAAGAAAAGAAGAGGAGAUCUAGGUCCGGGGAGGAGGAGGAGGGCCGCCGCCGCCAUUAUCGGAAAGCAGACCGAAAUCCCACUUUCACAACGCGCGAUCGGCUCCUGAGACUUUGCACGGGACAUGAAGGAUUCGUGUUGCAGCAGGAGCACAUUUCGAGGGAGACACCAGGGCGAUUCCGACAAACUCUCCGUUGUCUGGUGCGCGCCGCCGGGCCAGCGUUAUUAUGUGGCCACAACAAUGGACAGAAUAAUGAUUGAAAAAGCAACGUGGUGAACCGAGAGGAAGACGACUGGACUAGCAUUCUUUUUUUCCCUUCUUUUUCUUUUUUUAAAUACAUAUACACGCACCGAUUUUUGCACGAGGAAACCUCCCUUUUGGAAGAUUAUUCCUGGACGUAAUAAUUUCUUCCCGGCGUUUAAACGCAACAAUAAAAAAAAAGUGUUGCAAAAAAAAAUAACAAAAAGGGAGGCGAGAAUCCAGACAUCUGUGCUCAGGGUGUGGGGGGAUUCAUUUUUUUAUUUAUUUUUUUCUGUUGACCUCGCCGCACGCAGCGUUGUGAUAUCGGCGUAAUCUGGGCACCGUUCGUGGCGUUUUUAUUCUGCGGCUUUUGCUCAUGCACAUCAGGCGGCGGCGGCGGCUGCGGCAAGCGCUGGCCUGACAGAUGCGAGAGGAGAAAGGGGAGCGAUGCGAUGGAUCUGAUUCAUAAAAGGAAUGAAUGAAAGGACCGACUGCUCAUAUCAGUGCACUGUCAUUUAUCGUAACUGAAGCCCAGCAGAAGGAGGAGCAAUUUGAUCUGUUCUGUGGAUCAGCAUUUUUAUGGACAAACAUAUACGUGAUCUCUUUUAUUCAGUGCCUAUUUGUGGCAGGAUGAGUUUCAGGAGGCUAUGAUGGCAAAAAAGCAAGAUGCACGAUCACCCAUUUACAACCUCAUUGUGGUGGGUUUGUCUGGAACAGAGAAGGAGAAGGGCCAAUGCGGGGUGGGCAAAUCCUGCCUGUGUAAUAGGUUUGUGCGCCCCAGUGCUGACGAUUUCUACCUUGAUCACACGUCGGUGUUGAGCACCAGUGACUUUGGGGGCCGGGUGGUUAACAAUGACCACUUUCUGUUUUGGGGGGAGGUGUCUCGGGUCCUGGAGGAGGGGCCCGAGUGCAGGAUGCAUGUUGUGGAGCAAACCGAAUUCAUAGAUGACCAGACCUUUCAGCCACACCGUAGCACUGCUAUGCAGCCCUAUAUCAAACGAGCGGCUGCGACCAAGUUGGCCUCAGCAGAGAAGCUCAUGUACUUCUGUACAGAUCAGCUGGGUUUGGAGCAAGACUUUGAGCAGAAGCAAAUGCCAGAGGGGAAGCUGCAGGUCGAUGGCUUCCUGCUGUGUGUGGACGUGAGCCGCGGCAUGAACCGUAACUUUGAUGACCAGCUGAAGUUUGUCACAAACCUUUACGGCCAACUCAGCAAGACCAAGAAGCCCAUUGUGCUGGUGCUCACCAAAUGCGACGAGGGUGUUGAGCGCUACAUCAAAGAUGCACAUACCUUUGCCAUUACAAAGAAAAGCCUCCCAGUAGUCGAGACGUCCGCUCGCUCAAACAUAAAUGUGGAUCUUGCCUUCCUCACGUUGGUUCAGCUUCUCGAUAAGGGCAGGGGCAAGCCCAAGAUCAUACCUUACUUUGAAGCCCUGAAGCUGCAGAGUCAGCAGAUAGCCUCAGCCAAGGAUCGCUAUGAGUGGCUUAUUAACCGUAUCGUCAAGAAUCACAAUGAAACUUGGUUAAAUGCCAGCCGACGGAUGAACACCUCACCGGAGUACAAGGAAUAUGUCUUCUUAGAAGGGACGGCUAAAUGCAAAAAGCUAUUUCAACAACAUGUCUACCGCCUGAAGCAGGAGCACAUUGAGAGGCGUCGCCGGAUAUACCUUAGCACUCUCCCUUUAGCCCUUAGUUCACUGGUGCCGGAUCUUGAUGAGAUAGAUCAGCUGAGCUGGUCUGGAGUGCAGAAAGUGCUGGAGUCCAAGCAACACUUCACUCACUGGUUUGUUGUUCUGGAGGAUUCUCCAUGGGAAGACACGUCUCACAUAGACAACAUGGAGGAUGAGCGAAUCCCCUCCGACCUGCUGGAGACGGCUGAAGCGGAAGAUAUAUUCAAUGCCCAUCUGGAACAUUUAAGAAAUGAAUGUAGACGUGCAGAGAUAAGACAGGAGUUUAAGCAAAAGUUGGCGUCCUCACCCUUUGUCACACCCGGCAAACCUUGGGAGGAGGCCCGCAGCUUCAUCAUGAAUGAAGAGUUCUACCAGUGGCUCGAGGAGCCGGAGUACUUGGACCUGUACAACCGCCAUCAAAAGGAGAUUAUUGACCGUGCUAAAGAAGACUUUCAGGAGCUUCUGCUUGAGUACUCUGAGCUUUUUUAUGAGCUUGAAGUGGAUGCCAAGCCUAGCAAAGAGAAGAUGGGAGCAAUUCAGGAGGUUCUGGGAGAGGAACUGAGAUUUAAAGCUUUGCAAAAGCUUCCCGCGGAAAGAGAUGCUCUUGUGCUGAAGCAUAUCCACUUUGUGUAUCACCCCACCAAGGAAACCUGCCCCAGUAGCCCUCACUGCGGAGACUCUAAGAUUGAGCAACUCCUAGCCUCGCGUUUCCCCACGUGUUACCCCUUCUUUGACGUGAAAGCUCAUUUUGGGGACACCAAAGCGGAUAGAAUUAACUUGGUCAUACUAGGGAAGGACGGACUGGCCAGGGAAUUUGCCAAUGAGAUUAGGGCUCUGUGCACAAACGAUGACUGGUACGUUUUAGAUGGGAAGAUGUACGAGUUGACGCUGCGGCCCAUCGAGGGAAACGUGCGUCUUCCGGUAAACUCCUUCCACACCCCCACUUUUACCCCUCAUGGAUGUCUUUGUCUGUAUAAUUCAAAAGAUUCGCUGUCUUACGUGGUAGAAAGUCUUGAGCGACUUAGGGAAUCAACUCUAGGUCGAAGGGAUAGCCAGCUGGCCCAGCUGCCAACAUCUCUCCUUUUAGUCACUAAGAGAGGUGUGGGCUCAUAUGUUGAUAUAGGUGGAGACACUGCCUUAAACCUAAUAACACAGGGACAACAAGUUGCUAGGAGACAACAGUGUAGCUUUCUAGAUCCGGCCUCCCCCGGUGUGGGCUACGGCCACAAUGUAAAUGAGACUCAGAUCAACCAGGUGCUGAGGGGCCUACUUGACGUUAGAAGGAGCACAUCUUUUAGUAGCAGCUCCCCGCCUCUCCUCCCCGAGCCUCCCGGUCUCCGAGACUCUCCUCAUCAGCCGGCCCCAGAGGCAGACCUCCGUAUAGUCAUGUGCUUAAUGUGCGGAGACCCCUAUGACAUCGAACAGCUCCUGUCCCCUUUCCUGAUGCAUCAGCACUGUAGACCUAUGUCGAACAGUGGCACUUCGGUGUUGCUGGAGCAGACAAUCGGGGGCCACAAGCUGGCUAUAGAGCUCUCCCUCCUCUCAUACCAUGCCUCUUUCACUUUGAGGAAGAGCAGGUUAGUGCAUGGCUACAUUGCUGUGUACUCAGUCACCCGGAAAGCUUCCCUGGAGACCCUGUGUGCAUUCUUAUGCGAGGUUCAGGACAUUAUCCCCGUUCAGCUACUGGCAGUAGGCGAUAGCCAGGCGGAGCUCACUGACAGCGACUUUGCCUGUGAACAGCUGAUUCAGGGGGAGGAACUGGCCCACGAGAUCGAGGGUCGUUUCAAUAGCGUGGUUUGUGGGUCCGGGGGAGUGGUGGGAGGCCUGCACAGAAUAGAAAUGUUCCAUUCGUUUCUGAUGGAGGUGGUGGAGAAGCGCAACAUCGUGGAGGCGACACAUAUGUAUGACAACGUUGCUGAGGCCUGCACCAACGAAAACGUAUACUCCCCGCGCUGCAUCUCUCCUAGCCCCGUGACCAUGUUCGUGGAUUCGGAGGAUGACGUAGAGCCUUCUCCGCCAUACUACGACGGCACUCUCUCUUCUCACGGCGGCGGCUUCAACAUGCCUGACUUGGACUCCAGUGACAUCUCCGUUAUAUCUGAUAUCAGAGACUUUGAAAACAAGCUCAACAACAAAAUACCCUCUCAGGUGAGAGGAAAACCAGGUGUCACUUUUGACUUCCGGAAAAUGAGCCGCAGCCCGUACAUCGACACCCUAGGUCAUCGCCGGUCCCUGCCCUCUGCUGUUACCUGGGUCCCUGGUGGGGAUGUGGGCUACGAUCCCUCUGACUACGCCGAACCCAUCGAUGCCGUCUCCAAACCCCGCCCCAGCAACGAAGAGAUUAUCUACUCGGUUCCUCACGACAGCACGCAGGGCAAAAUCAUAACCAUCCGCAACUCCAACAGGAUGCACUCGAACGGAAACGGCUCGGACAGCGAAGCGGACAGCAGCUCUUUGGAGCGAAGAAGGAAGUUCUCAGCAGUCGGCGUGAAGCCCCGUCUGUACCGCGACCGCUCCAAGCGGCUGGGCAAGUUCAGCAGUUUCCGCACAAGCUUCAUAGGCAGCGACGAUGAAAUGGGAGCUCUGUCCAAGUCCAAAGAUGACGACUUUGGGACAUUGAAAGGUGACAGCCUUGUUAAUGAGGAAAUAGAGGACCCAAAGAAGAGGAACAUUCUGAAGAGCCUCAGGCGCACUGCCAAGAAAACAAGAUCAAAGCCACGUCCAUCAAUUCCCAAGCCCAUGGAGAGCAGUUACUUUGGAGUGCCGCUAGCGAGUGUGGUGUCCCCCGACAGACCUAUUCCACUCUUCAUAGAGAAGUGUGUCCACUUCAUUGAGAAAACAGGCCUGAACACAGAAGGUUUGUACCGGGUGAGCGGCAACAAAUCCGAGAUGGAGGCCAUGCAGAAGCAGUUUGAACAGGAUCACGGAUUAGACCUGGUGGAGAAAGACUACGCCAUAAACACUGUGGCUGGAGCUCUCAAAAGCUUCUUCUCAGAGCUGCCUGAUCCCCUGGUGCCUUGUGCUCUGCAGGUGGAGCUAUUGGACGCUUUCAAAAUCAUGGACCGAGAGCAGAGGCUGUACACCAUGAAGGACGUGCUGAGGAAGUUCCCCAGGGAGAAUUACGACGUCUUCAGAUACGUAGUGAGCCACUUGAACAGGGUGAGCCAGCUGAGCAGGGUGAACCUGAUGACCAGCGAAAACCUGUCCAUCUGUUUCUGGCCCACCCUCAUGCGGCCCGACUUCACCACGAUGGACGCCCUGACCGCCACGCGCACCUACCAGACAAUCAUCGAGACCUUCAUCCACCAGUGUGCAUUCUUCUUCUACAACCAGCCCCUGAUCGACUCCCCGACGGGCCUCGGGGGCCUCCCGGCCUCGCCCACCACCACCCUGGGCGGGAGCUCCGCCUACUCCUGCUACCGCUCCUCGCCCCCCCACACCGCCGCGCACUUCAGCCCCCUGCAGCAGUCUCCGCCCACCACCCCGCAGUCGCCCCUGCAGUCCCUGCUGCCCCCGCUGCACCAGCACCCCCACGCCCACCAUUCUCCCGCUGAGCAAGAGACACUGUGAGAGACGACGAUGAAACCGCGUUGUGCCCUUGAUGAUGCUGGACCUUAGCGACACACACACACAUACACACACACCUUCAUACACGAGAAGAAAAACAAAACACUAAACACAUUUCAAACAUGACAAACCUAGCUUAAGAAGGCAGGGGGGACAGGGGGCAUCUGUGGACAGUGUUGUGUGAAAUGUGGCAUGCUUCGAUUAUCAGUAAGGUGGAGGACGCUGCAAGGCUACACUUGCAAGUGCACUUCCAACCCAAGCUGGACGAGAUGAAUUGUGGCCACCAUCAACAUGGUUUUAUCGUAUGUAAUAUUAAUUUUUCUCUUUUUUUUUUUUUUUUUUUUUAAAGUACCGCCACUGGAUUAAUGGACCAGCCCCUCUUUAGGUCCUUUGGGCAGCAGUUUGCUCCAUAGAAGCAGAGGAUCAUUGUCUGCCGCCUUCUUUUUUCUUUUUUUUAUCCUUUCUCUCUCCUCGCUUUACUGGAGGGGGUCUGCAUGGUGGGGGGAGGAAAGGGGGUGGGUAUCACAUCCAGGGAUGCACUUUAAUGAUCACUGUUCUUUUUUUUCUUUUUUUUAUUAUUAUUUCUUCGCUCAAACAGCCAUACGUACCCAUUGCCUCAACCGAGCUUUGGCAGAUCAAACUUUGUUUACAUCAAACGUGUUUUUUUUUUUUUUUUUUUUUGUUUAAUCCACAGACCUAUCUGAAGCACUUUUUGAUGGUGUAGUGUUUAAAUAUGAAGAAAUGCCACAUCGGUUAAUUGUCCAUAUUGUUUGUUUCUAGCGGCUGAAUGUGGCACGAGUGCAGGAUUUCUUUUGUAAAAUCAAACUGAACAAAAAUAGCAACGUUAGUCUUUUAGUUGGAUCUAGUUGUCUGGCUUUUGUGUUCUGACGGAGAGUCUGAAUCUGCUUAAUUGUUCCUCAUUCAUCCAGACCUGUGGAGGAAAGAAAAAAUAAAAAAGUUCUGUUCUCGCCGUUCGUUGACCUGGGUGGAUGAUCGGGGACUUUGUUUUUAUCAGACAAGCCAUGCUGUCUGCAAUCAGCCAUGUUGAAUGUGUAACCUAGUCGCAUCAUCAUCGUCGUCAUCAUCAUCAUCAUCAUCUGGUGUCCAAGGAAACCAAAAUGCUUGAAACACAAUAGGUCGCUUGACGCGUUGCUGUGCUGUCCAUCGACCCGAGCUCUUUUUCUUCGUGUAAUGUUAAGAACCUUUAACUACGGAGGGUGUAGGAUCAUACUGUUACCGCGGGUUCUGCUGAAACGGAACCUCGUUUGAGAAGUAACCCCCCCCCCCCCACCACCUGCUGCGGUUGGGACCCGUUUUCAGUGGCAGCUCUGCAAAUGAAGGGCCCCCGUAACUUUAACUUUUUGAACUCUUAACAAGAAAGUAGCCUGCUGUCUUUCCGAUGCGAGGAUUGUAGCGCUGUCAUUGGUUGCGUUUUGGGCUCAUCUGUUUUACUGGUACUGUUGGGGAUUGUAAUUUUUAUGUGUUCAACAGACUGGAACAAAGAAGUAAAAUGAAAUGUUUUUUUUUUUUUUUUUUUUUUUUCUUUCCCUCUCUCUCAGACUUCUCUGAGCUUGAAGCUUAAACAUUCAGACUAACAGAAUUCCUGGGAGUGUAUAAAUAAUGUUGCUGCAUCAUUUGGCUUUCAGCAUUAAAAAAAACAAACAUAAAAAAUAAGAAAAAAAAAAUAAAUGAAAAAAAAUGCACGAUCAAAUGUGCUGUCGGAAGGAUCAACGAGUGGGUGCACACCACGUCUCCGUUAUGGUUGUUUAUUUGUACUUUGGGGGUGGGGGGGGUGAGGGGUGGGUUGGGGGGACGCCGCCCUUUAGUUGAUGGUAGAAAACAUCUCUAGUGUGUAUUUCAAUUAUCGGAAGUUCAUUUUUACAAUUUUUGUGAAUGGUUUAAAAGGCCACCUAAAAUUAGUGCAUGACUUAAAAACAAAAAAAAACAAGACAACACAUGAAGGAAGGAGGAUGAGCGCCCUCUUCCUGUUUUUAAAACAUGAAGUAACUGUGUGAACGAGAACUGAUUUAGCUGAAAAAAAAUGACAAAAAAAAUAAAUAAAUCAUGUAUCAUGUGCACCAGGAGCAAAUGGUGAAAUUUGUCUGACUGACAAUGUUUGAAAAUGAAGGCCUUAUGUGAACUGUACAAUAGUUAAUAAAUUAAAUCUUGUAAAACUUCC